AUGAACGUGAGAGAGCUCAAGGCGUUUCUUCUGCAUCACGGAGUGUGCCACCAGAACUGCCUCGAGAAGGCUGACCUCCAGGAAAAAGCCCGCACCCUAGUCACCGACCUGGCAGCACAGGCGGGGCAGCGAGGCGCGUCAGCAAGCGCGAAAGCGGCCACAGAGAGCGUGCCACGUGGCAAGGACAAUGCGCAGCCAGUCCAUCUCUCAGAAGCGGACGCGGCUGCGUCGGCAGCGAAUCUGUGCAGGUUGUACAAUCUGUUCUACCUGAGCUCUGAAGAGCUGCGCGAAAAGCUGAAGCUUUUGGACGUCGACACGACUGACUGCGUCACCCACCGGGACCUAGUCGACAGGCUGACGUCAGAACUUCGAAAGCCAGAUCCCACAGAUCCCGUGCCCGCGCAGGGCCCCCGGUACGUACCGGACGAGGCCCGGUUCUCCGUUGCGGUCCACUUCUUGGAGCGCACAACGGACGAGCACGCGCGCGCGGUGGCGGACAAGGCGGUGGAACAGCUGCUGCAGCAGAAGACUCUUCCGCCGGAAGUCGUUAACGAGGGCGGAAUCCGGUUGAUGGUCAAAGGAACCAGCAGCGCCGUGCGCCGGAGUGGGCUACUGAUCCUGGAAGAGAACAUAAGGAACGGAACGCACCAGCUGCGGCGCAACCUCGCGGACGCGGGCGUCCUCAAAGCGAUGGUCCGAAUGCUGCACGAACAAGACCUCGCCACGCGCUUCGAAGUGCUGGAUACGGUGGGCCUCUUCUCGCGGACUCCGAGCCUGGGGCCCAAGAUCUGGGAGUAUGGCGCCAUGGCUUCUCUGCUCGAGGAGCUGCACCGCCCGGAGGUGCGCGCGCGUCUCGAGGCUGGGUCGCCAGAGGUUCUCGUCCCCCGCGGGCGCUGGGCUUGUGGGCAAUCAAUGGCGCUGCGCAUUUUCGCCAAUAUGAUGAUGCCGAGCCGCGGCGAGCGGGAAUUCCUGCCGGGGAAAGUGUCCUUCGCAACGGGGCAGCCAAUGUGGGACGCCUUUACCCGCAAGGUCGGCCGGUGGGUGAUCAGGAACAAGGUCCACGCGCGCGCGGGGGAGUUGCUGGCUUUGGCGCGCGCGAUCACGUGGCGCAAGGGGGAAGAGGACGACCCGACCGGUACCCACACGGUCGUCGUGCAGGCCGCCAGGCUGCUGACGCAGCUGACGUCAUCGCAGCAGGACCCACAGGAGCCGUCAAAGAUUUGCGAGGCCCCGUCUUACGUAAAGCCUAAAACCCUUCUCGCAAGUGGUGUCCAUCCCCGGGCUUCCUUCGACCCUGGCCCGUCUUUGAUGGAGCAGUGGGAGACUUGCUUGCUUCGAGUUUGGUGUACUUGGUGGAGCAGUGGGAGCGAGGCCGAGUGCACCAGCGCGGUCCUUCUGCUGACGAACCUGCACCGGGCGCUGGGGGGCACGCUCGCGCGGUUCUGCACCGAAGACGAGAUUAUGCGGAUCUGCACCGCAUUGAGAGCGUCCCGGCGGCUGCCGCCCCGGCCGACCAACACCCACCUCGCGCGCGAAACGCUCCUGAGCGUUCUGCAGCGCGACAUGAUGACGGGCGGCUCGUUCGCGGGGGCCUUGACGGAAGCCUGGUGCCACGGCUUGAAGUGCGCGCGCGAAACGCGCGCCGCGGAGAGCGUCGUGGAGCGUCUGCUGCGGCCGUGCGAGAUUUCGGGGACGGCGGUCGCGACGGAUGAACGGCUUUACGAGUACGCCUUCUGGCCCACUUUGGCGCGCCACGCCGCGGCCGCCCCCGCCGACCGUCGCUCCCUCCUCAUCACUUUCGCCGAGGCGUUCAACCUGCACCCAGAGCCUGGGGGGAUCCCCCUGGAGCCCGGUGUGAAGAGGCUCUGGGGGAUCCCUGAGCCGUACCGCGCGCGCGUGACUCUGCAGCUGUUGAGGAGCGGGAUCGUACGGACGCUCGAGCGGGCGUGCCACGUGGACGAGACCGCGGCGCACGUGAUGCGGUUCUACCGGUACAUUGCAGAAGGCGUCGAGGCGAUCGCUGAAGCACUUCUGACGGACCCGGAUCUGAUGCCGUUCCUGCUGCGCUUCGCUCUGCUGGAGACCGGUUGCCCCCUCGGCGUCGCCCUGGCCAAGCUGGCAGUCAAGGCGCUGCUCAAACUGAGCCCCCGGGAACGUCCCCCGAAUGCCCAUUUUACGCUCGUCAUCCGCCCGGAGGAGGACCCCAGCCGAUCGGCUGACAGCAUCAGGUAUGACUACAAGGACGGUUGCAUCUAUGUCGGUCAAGCGCACAUCACACAAGCGACCGCGGUUGGCCCCAACUUUCUCAUCACCGGCCAGAAGCUGAUCACCAAGUAUAACCGACAACACACCGACCGGCCCUACGUCUCUGAGCGCCUGCGGGACUUCGACGAAUUGGGGGGCAAAAAGCAGGGACCGCCGGCCCCCCCGAAGCGCGCGGGAUGCGCGGUGUGCGCCGCCCCAGUGGCGAAGGCGAAGUGCUCCCGCUGCCGAAAGAGGGUCUACUGCGGAAGAAACUGUCAGCAGACCGACUGGCCGAGCCACAAGCUGAUUUGCCGAGCGGAGAGCAGUUGA